AAUCAGUCCCUGGCGCUCAUCAGGUAGCGCGGCCAUAGCAGCAGACUGGCCCGGUGCCAAAUUCAGUUCGCCCCUAGCUCAAUUCGGCGGAGCGCCCGCCGCCCGGGGAAUAUUUCCCGUAUCCCACUCGGACUAUCGUCCCUGUAUCACGACACCAUGGACGACCUGCCUCGAAAUCGCUUUGAUCCCAUCUUUCCGGUCACCGAUAUCGGACGCACCACUCAGCACUACACAGCUCUCGGUUUCCAGGUCUUAGCCCAUGACGAUACAUAUGCUUUCGCCGUUUGGCCAGGUGUGGGCUGCAUUCACCUAUCGCGCGUGGAGUCCCCAAACGACUACGACGGAAAGGUCAUGGCAGCGGCAACCUACUUGCACGUAGACGAUGCAGCGGCCCUCGCACGCAGCUGGAAGCAGGCGUGCCCUGGCGCCGACACUCGGGACCCCGUCGACACGGACUACGGGCUGCAUGAGGGCGCCCAUCUCGAUCUGGAUAACAAUCUCGUCAGAUUCGGAUCGCCGAUGGCAACCAAGCCAUAGCAGACCUGGCAAGCGUCUCUUCUUGAACGUCGCC